CCCGUUUGAUGGAUCCGGCUCCUACCGAAUCAUCAUUUUCAGACGGGGAGAAGGAACGAGAGAGAGAGAGAGAGAGACAGAGGAGAGAUCAUCGGUGAGAGGGUGAGCAAUGGAUUUGAAGAAACGGCGAAAGAUUUUGGAGAAGAAGAAAACGAUUCAUGACCUUAUAAAAAAAGCUUCUUCAAUUGCCGAUCCUCUUUCUCCGUUUGAUUCAUUCCGCCGUUACCAAAACAAUGAUUUAUCUGUGUACCUGGAAUCUGGCCGUGGAGAUAGACUUUCCUCAUCUGUGAAGCAGUACAUUCGAAAUCUCUUGAAGACGAACAUGGAAGGGUUCUAUGGGUCUGAUUGGCCAAUACAAGCAAAGGUGAAGCGUAAGGAGAUGUCUUCUGCAGACGCACAUUAUAUAUUUGUGCUUGAGAUGCGUUAUGGUAAAGACUAUGAGACAUCUACUCGGAGAACUUGCAUUGAAGGGUGUAAUCAGAUAGCUGGAUUUGUGCAUUACCGGUUUACUUUAGAGGAAGAGAUACCUGUCCUUUAUGUGUAUGAAAUACAGCUUGAAUCCCGGGUUCAAGGAAAAGGACUAGGAGAUUUUUUAAUGCAGUUGAUUGAGCGCAUUGCUUCUAAGAAUCGGAUGAGUGCUAUUGUGCUAACUGUUCUAACAUCCAAUGCAUUGGCAAUGAGUUUCUACAUGAGCAAGCUAGGAUACAGAGUAUCAAGCAUUUCGCCUUCGAAAGCUAAUCUUCCGACUUUCUCGGCGAAGUAUGAGAUACUUUGCAGAACAUUUGAUUCUGAAGCUGAGUCUGUAUUGGAGAAGAACGACGAAGAACCUACCAAACAUUGAGUAUCAAGCAUUCAAAAAUUUAAGAGUACAUGGGGUUGGUAUAGGAUGCAGUUAUAAAACAGACAGAUCCGAUGAAGACUUGGUUCCUCCGAUGGUAGUUCACACCAGAAAUAUAGAGAACUACAACAAUGCCUAGCAACUGGACAAAACCAUUGAAGUCUUUUCGAUUGCAAAAAUGACCAUUUUUGAAACCCGAGUCCUUCGCAACAAAUCAGUCGUUUGCCACCAGCUGAAAUUAUAUUUGGUAAGCAGCUGUGAGUACUUAAACCUUAUUAGGAGAGAUUGUACAGAGUUUAUUAGAUUAGGAGGAAUCGGACUUAGUAGAGUGAGAACAAUUCUUGAAUUGGGGGUUACGAAGUUAUUUAUGAAUCAGAGAGAUCAUUGUGAUAUCGUUUCCUUGUAAAGUUGCCAUAAAAGAUGAAUAACAUCAGUGCUUUAAUU